ACAUAUACACAUAAAUUGUGGAUUUGUGUAUCUUUUAUAUUUGAAGAAUGUCUUGUUGUGGAGGUGGCGAAGAGGAUGUUUAUAGCGGUCCACCCUCAAACAAUAUUGCGACCGCGCCACCUCGAGGACCACCAUAUGGAGGUACUUUAGGGAGUAAUAGAGGAGAGCCAAGGGGUGGUGGACCUGCAAGAAAUGGGACUCCUCAAAAGCCCUUACCGAUUGAAACACCAGCAUUGUCAUUGAAUGAGCUAAAUAAGAUGACUUAUAAUUUUGGACAAAAAGCUUUGGUGGGUGAAGGUUCUUAUGGACGGGUUUUCUCUGGAAAGCUAAGUAGUGGACAAGAAGUAGCGGUGAAGAAGCUGGAUACGAGCUCUUCACCUGAGCCCGAUAAUGAUUUUCUAGCCCAGUUAUCAGUUGUUUCAAGGCUUAAAAAUGAGUAUUUUGUUGAGUUGCUCGGUUAUUGCUUGGAGGGAAACAACCGCAUCUUGAUAUAUCAAUAUGCAUCCAUGGGUUCUUUGCAUGAUGUAUUACACGGGAGAAAGGGUGUACAAGGGGCGCAACCUGGUCCAGUUCUUAGUUGGACUCAGAGAGUUAAAAUUGCUUAUGGUGCAGCAAGAGGUCUAGAGUAUCUACAUGAAAAGGUCCAGCCUUCGAUUGUUCAUCGUGAUGUUCGGUCCAGCAAUGUUUUGUUGUUUGAUGAUUUUCAAACCAAGAUAGCCGAUUUUAAUCUAAGCAAUCAGUCUUCUGACACUGCAGCGCGACUGCAUUCCACUAGAGUAUUGGGAACUUUUGGCUACCAUGCUCCAGAAUAUGCAAUGACCGGGCAGAUAACUCAGAAGAGUGAUGUCUAUAGUUUUGGAGUAGUUCUUUUAGAACUUUUGACAGGAAGAAAACCAGUUGACCACACGAUGCCCAAAGGACAACAAAGUCUCGUUACUUGGGCAACACCAAGAUUAAGUGAGGACAAAGUAAAGCAAUGUAUUGAUCCCAAGUUAAAUGAUGACUACCCUCCAAAGGCAGUUGCUAAGAUGGCAGCCGUUGCAGCACUAUGUGUUCAAUACGAGGCAGAUUUCAGGCCAAAUAUGACGAUCGUUGUCAAGGCCUUGCAACCACUCUUCAAUUCAAGAUCAGCAGCCGUGGAGUCUCCAGCUUUGUAAGCAAAUUUCUAGAAACCACAUUUGAGUUUUAUCUAGAAAAGAUAGUCUGAAAUAUUAUAGACCCAAUUAUUGAACUACAUUGAUGAUAUCAUGAUCCCAGAUGUAGAAAUGGUAGCUAGAGCCCAAUUGUUUUUCAUUUUCUAAGUUUUGUAUGACUUUAGUGAUGGCAUUGAUUGAUUGAUUCGUGAGCA